GGCUUCCCACAAUGCAAUACAACGAAAUAUGUCACGUGAUUGGGAACCAACACAUGGCCUGUAACAGUUGCUAACAGUUGCUGGUUUUUGUUAUAUCAAUAUAUUUAAAAGCCGACACGUUGUAAGAGCUCGCCCAUUUCUAUCGAGCCACCAAAUGAAAGUUAAAGUUCUGUCUAGGAAUCCGGACGACUAUGUCCGCGAGACCAAACUGGACAUCCAGCGUGUCCCCAGAAACUAUGACCCUGCUCUCCAUCCAUUUGAAGUGCCCAGAGAGUACACUCGGGCCCUAAAUGCCACCAAGCUGGAGAGGGUGUUUGCCAAGCCUUUCUUGGCCUCCCUGGAUGGCCACAGAGAUGGGGUUAACUGCAUGGCCAAGCACACAAAGAGCCUCUCCACGCUGCUGUCGGGCUCCUGCGAUGGAGAGGUAAAAGUGUGGAAUCUGACCAAACGUGAAUGUGUCCGCACACUCCAAGCACAUGAAGGUUUUGUUCGGGGAAUGGUUGUCCGCUUCUGUGGAAAUUCCUUCUUUACGGUUGGCGACGACAAAACAAUCAAACAGUGGAAAAUGGAGGCACCAGGCUAUGGAGAGGAAGAGGAACCACUUAACACUAUUCUAGGCAAGACGGUCUUCACAGGACUGGACCAUCACCAGAAAGAGGGUGUGUUUGCAACGUGUGGCCAGCAGGUGGACAUCUGGGACGAGCAGAGGAGCAGUCCCAUUCGCUCUUUCACCUGGGGUGUAGACAGUUUCAGCUCUGUGCGCUUCAAUCCAGUGGAGACUGAACUUCUGGCCAGCUGUGCCUCUGACAGAAGUAUAGUGCUGUAUGACAUGAGAGAAUCGACACCACUUAAAAAGGUUAUCAUGAAUUUGAGGAGCAACACAAUUUGCUGGAACCCUAUGGAAGCAUAUUACUUCACAUGUUCAAAUGAGGACUACAAUCUGUACACAUAUGACAUGAGGCACCUGGAUCGGCCAGUCAUAGUACACAUGGACCACGUCUCUGCAGUAUUGGAUAUUGACUACUCUCCCACUGGCAAGGAGUUUGUCUCAGCCAGUUUUGACAAAACUAUCCGCAUCUUCCCCAGAGACAGUGGCCACAGCAGGGAAGUCUACCACACCAAACGUAUGCAGCAUGUCAUCUGUAUCAAGUGGUCGGCAGACAACAAGUACAUCCUGAGUGGGUCUGAUGAAAUGAAUAUCCGAAUGUGGAAGGCCAACGCAGCUGAGAAACUGGGAGUGUUGUCGCCCAGAGAGAGGGAGGCUGUGAACUACAACCAGAAGCUUAAGGAGAAGUUCCAGCACCACCCUCAGAUCCGACGAAUUUCUCGACAUAGACACCUGCCAAAGGCCAUCUACAGCCAGGCCAAGGAGCUGCGAGUUAUGAAAGAGGCUCGCCGCAGGAAGGAGAUAAAUGUUCGCAAGCACAGCAAACCCGGAACUGUCCCAGUGGUGUCGGAGAAGGAAAAACACAUUGUGACUGUGGUCAAGUAGACAGAGUUGGAGAACAGAACAGAAGACCCAGUGGCUGCCACCAAGAGAUGAGGUGGAGCCCAAGAUCACAUCCACAAUGGGGCAUAAUAACACAGCUCUCACUUGAAAAUAAACUUUCUUUGGUGAAGACAUUUGUUUUGGGGGAAGGACAUGUUCUGAUUACACUCAAGGAUAGUACUUUUUUAUUUUAAGAGUGAGCUGCAUCUUGUGCUUAUGGGAGUGGCUCUAUAAGGGGAGGACGUUUGUGUAUACAUACACGCUGUAAAUGCAUACAAAUACACCACAGAGUGUUUCCUUUGGUCUCCAAGACCAAGACUGACUAUAUGUCUUCAUUAUUCCAUUGUUAAUAACACCUUAAUGUUGUGAUUCCAGAAAGGUUUUAUAUUGCAAAGUAGAUUCCCUAAUACACAGGAUCAACUGUAACUAUGACUCAUGCUAAUUUGGGUGAGGGACGUUUGAGGAAAAGGGGGUGGGUGGUUAAUGUGUAGGAUUGUUGUUAUCAAGUGGCCACCUCCCAUCACAGAAGCCAUGAUCCCCAGAAGCUAUGAUGACGAGUUUUCUUGGUACCUCGGUACCUUGGUUUCUUGAGGUACCGAGAGUUUUCUUGGUACCUCUGCAUACUUUGAAUACAAUGCGAUUUUAUUCAGUAGUGGCAGCAUUUUCAUCAAGGAUGUCCACCAGCUAUAAUGGAGUCAAAUGUUAAAACUAUCAAAGGUAGUAUAUAUAGUAGCUCUUGUAAGGUAUUUUCUUCCUACUGGGUUCCUUUUUUCCAUUUUCUUUCCAAGGAUUUUCUGAAAUAUCCCAAACUGAUUCUCAUAACCAUUGGAAUGCAUUGUUGCCACUUUAUUGUUUGGGGAAAUAUUACACUUGUAACCUAAAAUAUGGGAUUGGUAGCUUACCUUCUUUUGUGUAUUUAAAAAUAAACUUUGCUGUGUUUCAUGCCA